AUUUGAGGCAAAGUGCAAUAUAUUGUUUUAUAUGUUUCAUUCCUGUUUGAGAUUUUCAAUAUAUAUUUUGUUUUCGCCUGUGAGAUAGCUUUCAGUUAUACUCGCAUGUUUUUAAAUUUUGCUCAAAUUGACUAUGCGCAGUUUCUCCCUUUUUUUCUAUAUAAAAUGAGUCUUGAUGUGACUAACCUGUUCUUACGUCGAAAAUGUGCUCUCAAAAUAUUGAAAUUAUAUCCGUAAAUUUAAAUUGAAUCUUUGCUUACAUUUCAACUAAAUAUAUUCUACAAUGUUUACAAUUAAAAUUAAAAUAGUGUAUAUAAUAAAUUUUUUAUUAUGGUGAAAAUAAAUGGUAGUUUAAUUAAAAGAAAGUUCAUUAAUUCAAAACACGUUCCAAAGUGAUAUGUGAUUAAAAUAGAAUUAACAACAAUAAUCUAAACAACAAAAUUUCAAAUAACUAAACAUUUUUUGGUCCUUCGAGCCGGAUUAUUUUUCUGGAAUUUUUUACUUUUGGAACUUAUUACAACAUAACGUGAAUCAACCCACAAAAAAAAAGUAUGAUAACGACUAUAACCUAGUGUCUUCAAGCUUGUGUUCCUGUGUUUUCAUCAGCUGAUUUAAUUUAUAAGUAUAAAAUAAAUAAUUUCAGUAUUAUGACCUUAUCAUCUUAACCGCUCUUUCAAAAGAAUGGAAAUGAAAAAACAGGAACGACUUUCAAACCUUAUUAAACAACAUCAUCAAAAAAUAGCACAAUCUUCUCGAGCGAAGGAAUCUCCUUUACCUUAUCUGGAAUCUAAGCUGGAACUCCUGAAUACUUAUUGGAAAGACUUUUAUGAGAAUCAUUGGAAAAUAGUUGACGACCCUACUUAUGCAGACACGGUCUACGUGAAAGAGUCCAAAUUCGAUGAACUAGAAGAAGAUUAUGCCUCAACUAAAGCAAUCAUUAUUCGAGAGAUUACCAAGCUUUCAACAAAAACAAUUCACGUUACUGACACCCGAGGUAAUAAAUUUUCUGACUCUAAUUUCAAACAUCUUCCAAAUUUAUCUCUUCCAAAAUUUUCAGGUAAUCAACUUGAAUGGGAAACCUUUCGAGAUUUAUUUAAAGCCAUGGUUGAUCAAACUAACAUUACGGACGUUCAAAAGUUUUACUACUUAAAAUCAUCCUUAACCGGUAAAGCGGCGGAACGUAUUAAGAAUCUUCCAGUAAAUAAUGCGAAUUAUAAUGAAGCAUGGUCGAUGUUAGUCAGAAGGUUUGAUAAUAAUCGGAUUCUCUUAGCUGCACAUAUGCGCAAAUUACUAUCUUGUCCAGUUGCAUCUUCAAGGUCGGUUGAUGAGAUACUACGGCUCUUAGAUGCAACCAAUGAAUCAAUUCGAGCCUUUACAAAUAUUGGUAGACCUGUCGAAUUGUGGGACGAUUGGUUUGUUCACAUCCUUGUCAAUAAAUUAGAUCCUUCUACCCGUGAAGAAUGGGAAUCAUCCCAAAAGGAAUCUGAAGAAUUUCCUCUUUACGAGGAGCUUUCUACCUUCCUUGAGCACACAGUUAGAGCCUUGGAAGCGUCAAACCCUAUUGAUACCCCAAGUACUACAAAUAACAAUAUAAAAUCAAAAUCAAAGUCACGCUCUCCCGUCAAAGGAAAACCCUCACAGGUUUCAGUAAACGUAUCUCAGAGUGAACCUCAAUCAAUCUCUAAAUGCUGUACACUUUGCCAAGGUCAGCACUUUAUAUCGUAUUGUUCUCAAUUCAAAAAGUUAAAAGUUGCUGAACGAAGUAGUAAGAUCCAAUCCUUAGGACUCUGCUACAACUGUCUAAGAGGCAACCACAAACUUAAUGAUUGCCCUUCAACUAAAAGAUGUUUUGUGUGCUCAGGCAAACAUCAUACAUUCCUUCAUGAUGUUCUGCAGCACAAUUCAUCACCGAGUGUGCAAUCAUCUAACCCUACAUCAUCUACAACCACCGAUCAAAUUGGUUGUCAUACAUCCUAUCUAACUAAUCAUCUCUCCAACCCCAGUGCCCAACAGCCAAGGGGUAUCUUUGCUACAGCCUAUAUUAAACUCACUUCGCCAAAUGAAAAAUCCAUCAUCGUGAAAGGUUUUCUUGAUUCUGGUUCAGAACGCUCAUUGAUAACAGAACGAGUAGUUCAAUUGCUGAAACUUCAAAAAAAUAAAUGUGAUGUUAGUCUGAAAGGUAUUGGAAAUUCUUCAUUAGGUUCAUCGAAUUAUAAUGUUAAUCUUUGGUUAAAAUCACCUAAAGAUUCUACCUUUCAAUUACCUUUAAAUGCUCUCGUUAUGAAGUCUCUUGUACAAAUCAUACCUAAAGACAAACCUGAGCAUAAAGAAUGGUCCCAUCUUAAAGAUUUGGAUCUUGCAGAUCCUAAUUAUUCCACAAAUGAAAUAGUUGACUGUGUGGUUGGUGUUGAUUUACUUGGACAUACUCUACGUCCGGGAUUAAGACAAGGUCCUCUUAAUAGCCCCACAGGUGUUUUAACGACCUUCGGUUGGAUCAUAUUCGGUAAUUCUUCAUCGCAACAAACUAUUUCUCAAACUUGUGCUUCUACUUUCCAAAUUGAAGAAACAGAUUCUUUAAACCUUCAACUUCGCAGAUUCUGGGAAAUUGAAGAACUUCCUAAACAAACCUUUCUUACUAACGAGGAGAUGAAAUGUGAAGAAAUCUUUGAAAAUACCCAUUACAGAGACCAAUCUGGUCGUUACGUUGUCCGCCUGCCUUUACAAAAAUCAGCUGAUCAUUUAGGUCAAUCAAGAGAGCAAGUAGUCUCCAUGUUUCUAAGAUCAGAAAAACAACAAUCUAAAAAUCUAAUCACCAAGUCCAAAUACAACUCUUUUAUGCAAGAAUACAUUGAUCUCAACCAUAUGAGACCGGUAUCAGAUGAAGACCAAUCUCUUCCGAAUCAGAACUACUUACCACAUCAUGUCAUCACAAAAUCCCCUGAUCCAUCUUCUGCCAUCAGGGUCGUAUUCAAUGGUUCGUUUCUCACUAUAUCAGGACUAUCUCUAAAUGAUAUCCUCUACCCCGGACAGAAAUUACAAGCCGCAAUUUGGUUAAUCAUUACAAAAUGGAGGCUGUGGAAAUUUGUCUUCACCGCUGACAUUGUAAAGAUGUUUCGGCAAAUUAAAAUUGAUUCCCCAGAUUGCAACUUACUAAGAAUUGUUUGGAGACCUGAUCCAAGUCAACCCCUCAUGGACUAUUGUUUAACAACAGUAACGUACGGGACAAGAUCAGCUCCAUUUCUAGCCAUAAGAGUUCUCAACCAAUUAGCAUCUGAUGAAAAAGAUCAUUUUCCGUUAGGUUCUGACGCUCUUCUAAAUAACACUUAUGUGGAUGACAUAUUUUCUGGAGGAGAUUCUGUUGAAGCUGCAAUCCAAGUUAGAAAUGAACUGAUCAACAUUUUAGCUUCGGCAGGCAUCACUCUAAGUAAAUGGGCUGCAAACAUUGACGAAUUAAUUCCUGACAAUAAUAAAGAAACGGAAGAAAGUAGUAAGCAAUUUAAUUUUGAAAAUUCAGUUACGACCUUAGGAUUACACUGGAAUCCUCUUUCUGAUGAAUUUCAUUAUAAAGUGACCUCCUUUUCUCAAUCCAAACCAACAAAACGUGUUGUAGCCUCAGAGAUCGCAAAACUGUUUGAUCCCCUAGGUUGGUUAGCACCCUUUCUUCUAAAAGCUAAACUAUUAUUGCAAGACUGUUGGUUAGCUGGCUCUAACUGGGAUGAGAUAUUACCUAAUCAUCUUCAAAUUGAAUGGAACUUAUUUAAAGAUCAAUUCCAACAACUAAAUUUUAUUAAAAUCCCUAGGUGGGUUUGCACUGACUCUAACACUUUAGGGUGGGAGUUACAUGGAUUUUCAGAUGCAUCAGAGAGAGCUUACUCUGCUGCACUCUACCUAGUAAACCGUACCGAUAAUAGACCUGCUAACUCUAAUUUACUUAUGGCCAAAACCAAGCUAGCCCCUGUUAAAGUCAUUAGUCUACCCAAAUUAGAAUUAAGCGCUGCCACUCUACUAGCUAAAUUAGUAUCAAUUGUGAAAGAAAAUCUAAUGUUGUCGUCAAAACAAAUCUUUUACUGGUCAGACUCUCAGAUCGUGCUUUCAUGGCUCCAAGGUCACCCUUCAAGGUGGAAACCAUUUGUUGCCAAUAGAGUGAGUGAAAUUCACUCGUUGUCGGAAAAUUCGCAGUGGAAACAUGUACCUUCCAAGGAUAAUCCAGCAGACUGUGCUACGAGAGGUUAUUCAGUUAAAGAUCUUCUUAAUUCAUCAUUAUGGUGGAACGGCCCAUGCUGGUUGCUUAGAGAUUCACAAAAUUGGCCAAUUAACGUUCAAACGGCCAAUUCUGAUACUGAACUUGAGGUGCGCUCCAAAUUUCUUGUAAAAAAUGAUGAAAUUGACGUCAACAUCAUUCAAAAUAGAGAAAAUGUAGAUCUGCUAUCUAGAUUUUCUUCCGUAGCUAAAUUACUCAGAGUAACAUCCUAUUGUCGUCGAUUCAUUUCAAGAUGUAAAAAUCGAAAUUGUAUUUUUGAACCUUAUCUUACGGCUGACGAAUUGCGAGACAGUCUUUCAAUUUGGAUUAAAAUAGUUCAAAAACAGCAUUUUCAAGAAGUAAUAGACCUACUCAGUGAAAGUAAAUCACUCUCGAAAAGAAACUCAAGUUUGGUAAAAUUAACCCCAUUUCUAGAUAAUCAAAAUAUAAUGAGGGUCGGAGGUCGUAUUCAAAACUCUUUUCUCACUUAUGACGAAAAACACCCUGUUAUUUUGCCAAAGGGCAACAAACUUUCUGAACUGAUUGUUAUUCAAGCACAUCAUGACACUCUUCAUGGAGGUCAGCAGCUUACAUUGAGUAAAGUUCUUAGGAAAUUUUGGAUUAUUAGUUCUAAAACCCUAAUCAACAAAAUUAUUAGAAGCUGUGUCAAAUGUUUCCGUUUCCGCGCUAAUUUUCAAACACAACUGAUGGGCCAAUUACCAAACGAAAGGAUUAAUGUUUCGAAACCAUUCUCGUUUACUGGCCUUGACUACGCUGGGCCAUUCUACAUCUUAUCUUCCAAAGGUAGAGGGAUUAAAUCCUAUAAAGGAUAUGUUUGCCUGUUUGUUUGUUUAUGUUCUAGAGCUAUUCACCUGGAAUUGGUUUCCGAUUACGAGACAAAAAGUUUUCUUGCCGCCUUUAAGAGAUUCACCUCACGCAGAGGUGUUUGUACAAAAUUAUGGAGUGACAACGCCCGCAACUUUAUUGGAGCCGCACGAGAACUUCGACAACUGUUCAUUGGAGCCACUGAAAUAUUCACUACCGUGGCUGAAGAAUUAGCAAAACAAGAAACAACUUGGUCAUUCAUACCACCUCACUCUCCCCAUUUCGGAGGAAUAUGGGAAGCAGGAAUUAAAUCUGUGAAGCACCACCUUCGCCGUGUUGUAGGAGAAACCAGAAUGACUUUUGAGGAACUCUCUACAGUUUUGUGCCAAAUUGAAGCCUGUUUAAAUUCUAGGCCCUUAUAUCCCAACACUGCCGAUGCUAACUCAAUUUCUGCUAUCACUCCAGGUCACAUUCUAACUGGUGGACCCAUAGUUUCUGUUCCUGAGCCUACACUAUCCGAUUUAAAUGACCAUCCCGUUGAUCGCUGGAAGUUAAUUACCAAAAUGAGGGAUGAUUUUUGGAACCGUUGGUCUUGUGAAUACCUCUCUCAUCUUCAACAACGAUCGAAAUGGUUGUUUGAAACAAACGCAGUGAAAAUCGGAGAUGUAGUGCUGAUCAAGGAAGAUAAUCUUCCACCUACGAGAUGGAGUCUUGGAAAAAUUUUACAACUGCACCCAGGAAAAGAUGGACUAUCUAGAGUCGCUACUAUUAAAACACAAAAUUCAAUUUUAAAAAGAUCUUUUUCUAAAUUAGCUGUUCUUCCCAUUAAACAAAUGUAACGUAAAAUCGAAUUAAAAUAAAGUAACUUGUUUUGCAUUCAUUCAUGAAUGCACCCGGGCAGAAUGUUUGAGAUUUUCAAUAUAUAUUUUGUUUUCGCCUGUGAGAUAGCUUUCAGUUAUACUCGCAUGUUUUUAAAUUUUGCUCAAAUUGACUAUGCGCAGUUUCUCCCUUUUUUUCUAUAUAAAAUGAGUCUUGAUGUGACUAACCUGUUCUUACGUCGAAAAUGUGCUCUCAAAAUAUUGAAAUUAUAUCCGUAAAUUUAAAUUGAAUCUUUGCUUACAUUUCAACUAAAUAUAUUCUACAAUGUUUACAAUUAAAAUUAAAAUAGUGUAUAUAAUAAAUUUUUUAUUAUGGUGAAAAUAAAUGGUAGUUUAAUUAAAAGAAAGUUCAUUAAUUCAAAACACGUUCCAAAGUGAUAUGUGAUUAAAAUAGAAUUAACAACAAUAAUCUAAACAACAAAAUUUCAAAUAACUAAACAAUUCCCUUCUGUUACAUUUAUGUUUACUGGUUCACUUCCAGUUAUA